AUGUCUUCCACUCAAGCCAUCAGUCCGAUGGAACGUUCCACCCCUAACCGAACCCAAGCAGACGACCUGCCACCAUUCGAAGAAAUCACCAUCCCAAACAUCAAGAAGCUGUCCAAGAUCUGGGACUUCAAGUACUGGCAAACCGAUGUCCAGCUCGCCCUUGGAAGCCUCAACCUUUUGGCUGUCAUUAGCCAAUAUCUUCCCAAACCCACCGUCGGCCACAUCUACUAUGCGAACUGGCUGAAAUGGUCCCGGCUCGUCACUAAGUGGCUGGUACUUAAUGUGGAAGAGGAGUAUGCUGCUAUCAUCCAAUCUAUCCGCCCUCGCCUUGAGCUGGCUGACGAAACCUACCUCGCUAUCACCAAAUCGCAGUCGACUGACGAAAACAACAUGUGGUCCAAGGAAUUCACCAAGCUGUGGUCCCUGCGACGCCACCAGUUCCACUCGAUUGGUACCUAUGUUACCGCCUGGCAUGCUCAAGUUCUUAUCUGCGAUCAACUGAACCCCGGUGUCAGCUGGUAUGCUGCUACUAAGUUGAUGCUUGACGACCUUAAGGAAGAGAUGCCUGACCUGUACCACUACAUCAACGGCCAGAUUGACUCUGGCAGUAUGGCCUACAAGGAGUUCCACAUUAUUGUCGACGGUAUCCUUGAUGCUUUCAACAAGGGCCACCAAUCAUCCUUCUAG